UCCCCGCCGCCCCGGACCCCGCGCUCCGCCCGCGACCGCCCGGCGCACGAUGACAGAUCAGGCCUUUGUGACGCUAACCACAAACGAUGCCUAUGCCAAGGGAGCCCUGGUCCUGGGCUCAUCCUUGAAACAGCACAGGACCACGGGCAAGCUGGUCGUGCUCACCACCCCGCAGGUCUCAGACUCCAUGAGAAAAGUUUUAGAGACAGUCUUUGAUGAAGUCCUCACAGUAGAUGUCCUGGACAGUGGCGACUCUGCUCAUCUGACUUUAAUGAAGAGGCCCGAGUUGGGUGUCACGCUGACGAAACUCCACUGCUGGUCGCUGACACAGUACUCCAAGUGUGUGUUCAUGGACGCAGAUACCCUGGCCCUCACAAAUAUCGAUGAUCUUUUCGAGAGAGAAGAGCUAUCAGCAGCCCCAGACCCGGGGUGGCCUGACUGCUUCAACUCCGGAGUCUUUGUCUUCCAGCCUUCCAUGGAAACUUAUAGCCAGCUCUUGCAGCUUGCCUCUGAGCAAGGAAGUUUUGAUGGUGGGGACCAGGGCUUACUGAACACAUAUUUUAGCAACUGGGCAACAACAGAUAUCAGAAAACACCUGCCAUUUAUUUAUAACCUAAGCAGCAUCUCCAUAUACUCCUACCUCCCCGCAUUUCAGGUGUUUGGUGCAAAUGCCAAAGUUGUGCAUUUCCUGGGACAAAUCAAGCCAUGGAAUUACACUUACGAUCCCCACACAAAAAGUGUCAAAAGUGAAUCCCACGAUCCCUCCAUGAUGCAUCCAGAGUUCCUGAACCUGUGGUGGGACACCUUCAGCACCCAGAUUUUACCACUGUUUCAACAUCAUGGUCUCGUCAAAGAUACCCACUCAUAUAUAAAUGUGCUUUCAGACUUGGUCUAUACACUGGCUUUCUCUUGUGGCUUCUGUAGAAAGGAACAGGUCUCGGGAGCCAUGUCACACCUGUUGCUCGGGGAGGUCCCAGCCCCACCGCAGCCUUGUGUGUCCUCAGAAGAACGGAAGGAGCGCUGGGAACAGGGGCAGGCUGACUACAUGGGAGCAGAUUCCUUCGACAACAUAAAAAGGAAACUUGACACGUACCUCCAAUAGCAGCACUGUGGAUGCAGACACGUGUUUCUGACACUCAGUACACCCAGAGCUGGUUGAAAAAUGCCUAUAUCAAGGUUGUUAGAAGCUUUCACUCAUCAGAUGAGUUUUGUGUGUUUGUGUGUGUGUGUGUGUUUUUUCCCCAGGACAAUAAGAAUUGAGCAAAGUCGUGGAGUGGUCAUUCUGUUAUAUGGACAAUGUUGUGCUUUAAGUCUGCUGAUUGCCAACAUAUGUGGGAAGGAGGGAACCCAAUGUCAAUCUCCAAAGACAACUCUAUCGACUCAAAGUGUUCCAGAGCCAGGCUGUAAGCCCUUCUCCCUUCAGAAUGGGACAUGACGUCAUCCUUUACUGCCUUGUACCCUUCUCUGAACCUGCAUUUUAGAAUUGCCCACAGGCUAUCAGAGUGGACAUGCUGUUACCACCACCGUGGACUGAGUCGACAGCAAACACCUCAUGGGGUUUUAUUUCUCCAGGGUUCUGUGCUCCAGAAGGCAGCAUGCUGAAUUGCUUUUGUUCGGUUCUAUUUGGAAGAUACAGUGUGUUUUCUGAUGGCUUACCUGCACCCUGUAUUAAAACAAUAAAGACAAUGCCAUA